CUUUGAGAAGGAAAAUACUUAGCGGUGUUCAAAUUAGAAAAUAUUUAGGUGCAGCCAACCGAUAAUGAUGCAGCCUCGUUUCCAUAAGCAAUUAAUUUGGAAGACAAGCUUUUCAAAUAAAUAACAAAAAUGCCUGCCAUUAAGCUGAAGAAGGUUACAGCUGAAUACUUAGCUGAAAAAGAAAAGGUAGAGAAAUCUAAAGAAAAAAGCAAGAAAAAUUUAGAAGAUGUUGCAGAGGAAGAAAAUGCUGCAAAAGAAGAGGCAAAAAAAGAAGAAAAGGACGAGUCAAAGGCUCAUAAUUUCCUCGAGGUUGAAAUCUUAUUUGAUAAAAGAAAAAGGGCAAUACCAGUGGUAGAGCAGAAAUUACUUGAUUGGUUGGAUUCAAACUUGAUGAAGAAAGAUGAUGUAACACUGCCUUUGCUUACACUUUAUGAAUAUUACUCAGAGGUCUGUCAAAUGCAAGGAGAAAAUGUUGUAGAUGUGCCAGUCUUUAAUAGGUAUGUUCGUGAAAAGUUUGGGAAGACUUUAGGCUUCCAAGAGAAUUCUCCAUACCGUGUUUUAAUUAAGGAACGCAAACUCCAGGAGAAGAAGCCUAAAGUUCAAGGUGAAACUCUCCAGAUAAAGAUACGUGACAUCAUUAUCAAUGUUAUCAAUGAACUUGGCAAUCCUCGUAAAGGAUUGAGGUUUCAUGCAAUCAGUAGGGCAAUCAUUCAGAAAUACCCAGCACAAAGAGUGGAUCUAUACCCAAACAAACUAAAGAAGGCUCUUGAAAGAGGUGUAAUGGCUGGAUAUCUGGAAAAUGUGAAAGGUGUAGGUAUGUGUGGUUACUACAGGGUACCAGGGGAACCAACCAAGGAAGACCCAGAAGAUAAAAAAGACAAGAAAAAGAAGGAGAAAUCAGAAGGAGGAAAGUCUGGUGAAAAAGAGACAAAAGAAAAUGGUGAAGCUGGUGACAGUGAGGAAAAGUCUACAGAUGAUGAAAAGAAAGCAGAGGAUAAACCUGAAGGUGCCGAGGGAAGUGAAGAUAAGGAAGGUGAAGAGGGAAGUGAAGAUAAGGAAGAUGGUGAUGCUAAAUCUUCACCAGAGAAAAAACGUAAACGGAAACCGUCAAAGAAAAAAAGGAAACCAACUGAAAAAUGGGCCAAACAUGCAUCAAAACAUAGCGAUCCUGAGAAAGUUGAAGAUGUUUUUCCACUUGCCAUUACCUACCAGAGCGACCCUAAAGAGGCAUCAGGAGGGAAAAUCAAAUCAUACAUCAGUAAAUACUAUUUUAAGGAAAUCAGUAAUGACCGGCUGAAGAAAGCUUUAGAUAAAGGUGUUGAGGAUGGACUGUGGGAACUAAUAUCUGGGACUGCACCUACAGGACGAUACCAUCUACUGAUAGAGACAUUCAAUCCAGGAAGAAGUGAACAUCUGAAGGACCAAAUAGCUCAAGCCUUAGUUGCCUGUCAUGAACCUAAACAAGCUUCUGCAGGUCUCAUAAAGAAAUACAUCACAGAAUACCAUUCAAAACUAAAUAUUGAAGCUAGACCAUAUCUGUUCAAGCAUGCCCUAGAAAAAGCUUGUAGUAAGGGUAUUUUGAGGCAACUGUCAGGUAUUGGAGCUACUGGCACAUUCCAGUUAUCAGAUCCGUUUUUCCCAUCACCUGCAAUACUUGCUGGUGAUUCUUCAGAUGAAGAGGAUAUAGAUGAUAAUGAUGAUUCAGAUGAAGAGCAUUUAGAGUAUGUCCCUCGUCCAACAAAGAGAGGCAGAAUGGCCCCUAAACCUAAACCUAGACAAGCCCCAACUCCUACAAAGAAGAGCAAGUCAAAAUCUAAGGCUGCUCCUUCACCAAAGAAAAGCAGUGGUAAAAAAGGCCAGGUGAGGAAUGCUAAAUCUAGUUCAGGGAAGUAUUAUGAAGUAAGCUCUGAAAGCGAAAGUGAUGAAGAAGAACAAGUGGAAUACACACCACAACCAAGCAAACGAAGAGGUGGUGUCGCAACACCUGCAAGGAAAGCUGCACCAGUACAGGAAGUAAAAAGCACAAGUAAAAGUAGAGGGAAAGCUGUAUCCAAGUCAAACAAAAAACAGACAACAACUCCUAAAAGAGCUGCUGCAAAAUCUCCUGCAAUCAUUGAUAGAUCUGACGAUGAAUCUGAAGAUGAAGUGGCUCCAGUGGAAUACACCCCAACACCUAGCAAAUCUAGAGGUGGAGAUAGUGUUAGGAAGCAAACCGGCACUCCAAGGUCAUCAUCAAGGUCUGGUGGUGCAGUGAAACGAAAAUUGGUUGAUGAGUCUGAUGCUGAUGAUGAUGACAGUGAUGUUGAAGCACCACCACCAAAGAAACAGAAGAGUAAACCUGCUAAGGGAAGUAAAGAUAAGGGUGAUGAGAGUGAGGAAGAAACCACAACACCAAAGACACAAAAGGCAGGACCAGGUAAAGCAGGGAAAGCACAAAAGUCAAAAAAAGCAAAGCGUCGACGAUAAACAUUAUAAAAACUUUAUUCAUAUGUCUACAUUUUUAGCAUCUCCAUUCAUGUACAGGAGAUAUAUGUUCAAAGAAUUGUUGGACAUUAAAUGUCAUAUAGAGAUUUUAUCCACAUAUGUUUUAUUUGAUUCAUUUUUUAAUGUUUUGUCAUAUACACAUGUAUUAGUGUAUGCAGUUAAGAGAACUCUUGAAAUGUGUUCAUUUUUCAUACUUUGUUGUAAUUGAUUCGUAUUGAUAUUGUAUGUAUUGCAUUUCUUUUAAUAAUUGUUUCAUGUAUCAACAUGUCAACAUAGUUGGGAUUAUAUAUUUUUUUCUUUUCUUUAACAAAUUUAAUUCAUUAUUUAGGUUAACGAAAUAAGGUAAUGUUUAUAUUUUUUAUGUUUUUAUCAACAGCAUUCUGUCACAUUUUUUUGCUAUUUUCUGUUAUGUUAAUGGUUAACAUUUUAAAGUUUUCUAUUUUUUUUUUGUUGAUUAAAAUUUCACUAUGGUGGUUAUAUUUUUUUGUAUGAGAAUAUAAACAACCAUGUAUGUUACUUCUAACUGAAUUUUUGCUGGACAAUUUGUGCAUAUACUUGCAAAACAAAAACAUAUUAGAAUGUUUUAUGGUCUGUAUAUUUUUUUUACUAAAAAUACAUAACAGAAAUACACUAGAGGCUUGUUACAGAGGCUUGAGUUUUCUUAGACAAUGGGGUUAUUUUACUUAUGUCAGCCUGAAUGUAAGAUUAAGUUUUAGGUUUCAUGUGCCGCUUUAAAUGCACUCCACUGAGAUCCAAAAGUCUAAAAAUUUGAAUUUCUUGCAUAGAUCAGCUUGGGCACUUAAAACAGAAAGAUAUGCAAAAGAUCUUGAAAAAAAUAUUUCCAGUCUUGUUAUGUCAAAAAAAAACUCAGUGGAGUCCCUUUAAAUCUUACAAAACAACUGAAGUUAUUCACACUAACCUAUUUGUCUGUCUGAAGAUCAUGGAAUAUUAACUUAAGCAUAGAUUUUGACAGAAAUUCAAACAAGAUAACUGUCUGGCAGUUAUGAAUCAAUUAUAGGCUUUGUGAACGUAAGCCUCAUUUUAAUUCUUAAUUUGUAUAAAUUACUAUAUUAAGUCAUUUCAAGCAUUAACCUUCAGAUUUGUUAUUGUUAUGAAUGCUUCAGUUAUGCUCAAAAAGGCAGCAUGCAUUUAUCAUCACAUUUGUCCUUGUUCAUUUAAAUUUAUCUCAUAAAAAGCAUUAAAGGUCAGUAGUUCAUGUUUGUGAGCAACCUGCUCAUUCACCACUGGUCAUUUACAGUCAUCUUGGAUACAUGUGUAUAUAUAGUUUAUAUAACAUAAUAAUUGAUUAAUCAAACUACAAAUUAAGACAUCAAAGCCGCUGACUAUGAUGUCUUCUGCUAGUUUCAUCUGUGUACAAAUAUUAAGUUACAUGUUGUAGGUUUUUUGAUAAAGUAUACCAUUAUUAUUCCACAGUUAAAAAAGUAGGUAAUCUAACUAAUUUUAAAAGGAUACUUUGACUUUUAAUAGUUGUUAAUGUAAAGGAACACAUUUUUCUGGGGGGUUUUAUGAAGUAAAAUUGAAGUUAAGGAAACUGAAGGAAAAUUGAUUCAAGGAUAACAGAAUUCACCAAAUUAAGCUUUCAUUGUAAUACCAAUCAAGAUACACACAUGGUCUAAUCAUUGUCAACAAUUACACUGUCUCGUGUGGAGAUGAGCUUAUAGUGUGAAUCCAGGGAGAGUUAACUAGUGCCAUAUUUUAUGUUACUUUAAUUACACUUCUUAUUGAAAUUUACUAGAAAGAUUGUUAAAAUAAAAAUGAUUCUAACUAUAUUCAGUGUUUCUUAAACUGUCGUAACAUAGUAGAUUGUUUUGGUAUUUAAUACAAAGAUAAAGAGGGAAAGCUAUUAAAUUUGUAAAUUUUUGCAUUAAAAAUCACCCAAUGUAAGUUUAAGAUAUAAGAGUAAUACAUUUAUAGUAAGGUAAGCAGGCAUUUAUCAACAUUUUUAUUAGCUCACCGAGGCAGUGCUCAAAGGUGACUUGUGGUUACCUGUUGUCCGCUCCUCUAUUCACCAUUGAUUUCCUCUAUUACUUAAAAAACGUCUCUAACCUGAUCAACCUAAACUGAGUGUAGUGUUUACAGUUGCAUCAGAAACUUGAAAGUCUGCCUCCCUCACCAAAAAUAUUUGAUAAUUGGAUUAACCAUUGUAUUUGUGGUCACUUGUUUCAAAUACAGUCCAAUUCUGCAUGAAUUUAUCAGGGAAACCUCUUUUCCUGUAAAAUUAAAUGUUUGAUAUUGUAAAAUAGGUAUGUGGGCAAAAGCCCUACCCUAGGAGCCACUAUUUUGAUUAAUUAUUAUUUAGUCUUAUUGUCUUUAGAUUUAAACGUCCCGAGAUAAGAUAUUUGGUAUUUAGCAUUGUUAAUUUGACCAUUACAAAUGUCAUAUAAAUAAUGACUCUGUUAAAAAAGAGUCACAGAAAGAUAUAUUUAUUUCAGUGUUCUGCAGUAACGUGGUAAAACAUACCUAUUUCAUAGUAUUACAAUAAGAAAGUAAAACAUGCAUGUCUUGUAUGAGAAAUGAAACUAAAUCAAUUAUGUCGCAAAAAAGAACUAAAUAUCUUGAUUCCAUUAUGGUAUUUAAGUACUGAUGGUAUUGACAUACUAGUAGAUGCAUAAAAUAGUCCAAAAUUAAGGAAGACCCUUGGAGAAUUGUUUAACUACUGUUCCAUGGACCAUGUAGAGAUAGACUCAAGUGAGCCUUUGUUUAAUUAUAUACGAGUAGUUUGUAUCAAAAGUAGAUAUUUUCAUAAAUUGUACUUUGUUGUUGCUUAAUUAAGAUGCUAUUUUUAUUUCCUGCUACAGUUAAUACUGUUUAAUAGCUGAUAAAGCUUAGAUCUGUAAAUAUUCAUGUGUUCUGUUUGUUUUUGCAAUAUUGUCAUUUAAUACAUAUUUUGUUAUUUCUCUUAAAACCUUACCUGUUUUAACAUUGAGAGUAAUUUAUGUUGCUCGGCUGUAGAACUGCACUUCAUAUAGUAAAUAUUUCUUGAAAGUGUUCAAAUUUUUUAUACAAAUAUUGCCUGAUAUUGAACUAAGAGUGAAUAACAUAUUAUGUGUAGUGUAUGUUAUUUAAUUAAGAUAAAAAGACGAUAUAUGGUAAAGGUUAUUAUGAUAGUAAUAACAGCUUUUUUGAGGAAAUAAUAACAUUCACCUGAUGUGUGGCACAUGUUAUGAUAACAUUAAAAUGGUAUGUUGUACAGGCAUUCACAUGAUAUGAUGCACAGAUUAUAACAUUCUCAGGAUGUGUCACACAGACUUAUUAAACUUCAACAUGGUAUGUUACACAAAUCAUAAUAUAAGUCACAUGUUGUGUAACACAGGUUAUGAUAUCUUUGAUAUGAUGUGUGGCACAGGUUAAAAUAACAUUUGCAUGCCAUUGUGUGGCACUUGUUUUAAUAACAUUGAUUUGAUGAUGUGGUGAACCAGUUACAUUAACAUAUUUACAACAGGUUAUGAUAAUUUAGUACAUGUUAUUUUAACAUUGUUAUGUUGUGCAUUACAGGUUACAAUAUUAGUAAUGUUUACAUGUUGUGUGAAUAUAUAAUUAAAUCUUUGACAGAUGUUGUGUUGUUAAAGACAUUGAAAGACGGUGUUAGGUUACUAUUGACAUGCUGUUUGAUAAAGGUUAAAAUUGUAUGGUCAGAUAUCUUGUGGAAACUAAUGCUGUAUUAAACAUCUGUUAUUCAUUACAGCAAGCAGCAACUUCUGGUUGUAAGAAGCAUAUCAUAUUAACCAUGGUCAUUUGUAAAUAAUUACAUGAGAAAGCUAAUCAUCCUGAAUGGAAGUAUUAACUAAAAUGUUUCAUAGUAGGUUAAAGGCCCAGCAUGUCUCAGAAGUGCUGUCAAUUCUUAUUUCUCACAAAAAAAAAAUUUUUGGUAUCUUGUCAAUAUUUUCCACAAAUGUACUCAUUUGCUAUAGACACAAACUAUCUUUUGCAUCUUCAGUUCUUUUGGCAAUUGGUGUAAUUAUAGUGAAUUAGUAUUUUGUAUGGAAGUUAAAAUACUACUUUGUUUUCAUUUAGCUACCUUUAUGACAUAUUACUGCACUUUCAGCGCUACUUUCCUCAUUAUUUAAUCAUAUAACGUGCUCUAAAUUCAUUCUUGAACAUGUUAAACAGUUCUGAAGAAUUAAAAAAUAUGAAUUUCUGAGGCACAAUGGGCCUUUUAUGAUGAAUGUAAGCAUUACAUGUUAUUGAAGAAUAUUUACAUUAUUGAAAUGAAUCAGGAGAUAUUUGCUUUAAUGAGCUUUUAUAAAGCUGUUACUGGUAUAUUACAUUGCUUCUUACAGCUUCCUGGUACAGUUCGCUAACUGAAUACACUUGAAAUUGUCCCAUACACCAAAUAUUUACUUUCAUUUUAUUUUACUCUCUUUAACAAUCAUGAAAACAAAUUUAAAGUUUUAUUUUAUAAUUAAGUGAGAUGUUCUUAAGAACAUCAGUGUUUGUGUAAAUACAUUUAUAUUGAAAAAAAAUAAUUUCUGAAUCUUACUGUAUACAUACAAUUUAUAUGAUUUAUUUUUAAAGAUAGUUUGAAAUUAAUGUUGUGUUAAAUGGCAGUAUUUGAUUAUUAUUUUCCAGUUUCUCUACAGCCAAAACAUUUUAUUCUUUAUUGUUUUAUUUGAUGUUCUUAAGAUAAUCAUGCUGUUUAAAUUUAUCAAAUUUGGAAAUUAAGGAUUUUUGUUGAAAUGAAUGUUUUAAGAGUCUACUUGAUGUUGUUAGUGAUAGCUGGUUGCUAGAUAUAUAUAAUAUAAUCGAAAUAAACAAUUAUUUCCA